AAAAAAACAUGUUUUGUACGAGUGGAUUUGAUAGAAGAGUACUAUGCAAUUACUGUAAGAAGCCGGGGCACUUGAUCAAAGAAUGUAGAAAAUUGCUGUUCAAAAAUCAAGGAAAUCAGUUUGCUCGUGUCGCUUCCGCUACCAGUUCAUCUGAUGGAUCAGUUGUUAUUUCUUCAGAGGAGUAUGCCAAAUUUAUUUGCUACCAAGAAUCUCUAAAGCAUUCAUUUGUCCCUAUCUCGGUAACCGCGAAUUCAGGUAUUUCAAACACAUGUCUUGUUUCAUCAUCCUCGAAAUGGGUCAUUGACUCAGGUGCCACAGAUCAUAUGACCGGUAAUCCUAAUCUAUUCUCGUCAUUUCAUUCAUAUUUACCUACUUCUAGUGUCACUUUAGCUGAUGGAUCUACCUCACCCGUUCUUGGAUCU